GCUGUUCAAGCACAGAGCACCUAUCAAACCCAGCGCUAUCAUCUGCUGCUUUUCCCUUCUAGGAGAUCCUGCUGUCCAUCACCAGCAAUAAUUAAUGGCUCUAUUAUGUAUGGAAGCGUCAUCCUGUCAGCUCAGUGGCUGCCUUGAAUAGCUCCUCUCUGCUGCUCAUUGAUGCCAUGUGCGCUCACUGUCCUGAGAGAUGACAAAACACUACACCCUUUGGGAGGUUUUUUCUCCCCUCUGAUCUGAAGCAGCACUUCACAUCUGUGUCUGACAGAAGCGUAAGGAGCUGAGAGAGGCAGACUUUCAUCAUCCUUCACCAGAUAAUGUUGCCUGGGUUAAAAGUUAAGAUCUGAUGACUACUAAUCCUGCCUAUUUUCUAUAAAAAUCUGAGACAUGGAGGCUACCAAAACGGGUAGGGAGCUAACUUUGCAGCGCUGGAAGAGCAGCAGCAAGCAGCUGGGAUUUACUGGAUCCUGAGUCUUCACAAGAUUCUUUAAAGGGGUGCUGGAUACUUGGUUAACUGGGGUCACUGCAUUUGCCCUUUUUUGGAGCGGGGGGGAAGAGGCAAAGUUCCCAGGUUCUCUUCCGUUACGUGAUUAGGGCAGAAUAAGCACAACUGCUAAAUGUGGGAGAAAUGGGAGAUACCUGGAAAUAAACUGGGAACAACCCACAGCAGAAGGCGAAGCAGCAGCGAACAACGAGGCACCGUGGAAAAAGAAAUCACAGGACGAGAGUGCACAAUGCAGUGCAAAGGGAAAAGCUUCCUGUCUGCUGGGAGAGCCUCAGCACACUCUGACAGAGAACAGAUAGAGCUUCCAGCAGAUAGCUCCUAGCACAGAAUUAUCGACGUAUCUCGGCCAGAAAAGCCCCGUUCCCCCUGCAGCCCGCAGCUGCUGCUGAUCCGGGGGAGGAAGAGAGGGGCAGGUGCCAAGCCGAGCUGUCUCCAAGAGAAUGUUUUUCAGUGCAAAAAGCAGCACGGCCCAGCGCUGAGAUCCCAAUGACAGCACGCCCAGAACGAGAAUGGAAGUAAACUUAUUCAGCAAUUCCACUGUUGUAAACAGUUCAUCCAUCAACCACAAGCAGCUGGAAGGGCACAGCCUCUGGGAGGUCAUUACUAUUGCCACCGUGACCGCGAUCGUCAGCUUGAUAACCAUAGUGGGGAACAUUCUUGUAAUGAUCUCCUUUAAGGUCAACAGUCAGCUCAAAACCGUCAACAAUUAUUACUUGCUCAGCCUUGCCUGUGCAGAUCUCAUUAUUGGGACCUUCUCCAUGAACCUGUACACCUCCUACAUCCUCAUAGGCCACUGGUCUCUCGGGAGCCUGGCCUGCGACCUGUGGCUAGCGCUGGACUACGUAGCCAGCAACGCCUCGGUGAUGAACCUGCUGGUGAUCAGCUUUGACAGGUACUUCUCCAUCACCAGGCCUUUAACCUACCGGGCCAAACGCACGCCCCGGCGUGCCGGCAUCAUGAUUGGGCUGGCUUGGCUGAUCUCCUUCGUGCUGUGGGCACCGGUCAUCCUCUGCUGGCAGUACUUCGUGGGCGAGCGAACGGUGCCCCCCGAGGAGUGCCAGAUUCAGUUUCUGUACGAGCCCAUCAUCACCUUCGGCACCGCCAUCGCCGCCUUCUACAUCCCCGUGUCCGUGAUGACCAUCCUCUACUGCCGCAUCUACAAGGAGACAGAGAAACGCACCAAGGACCUGGCUGAGCUGCAGGGCUCCGAGUCUGUGGCGGAGUUUGAGAUGAUAAAGCCUCAGAAAACUUUCCUGAAGUCUUGUUUCAGUUGCAAGCAGCAAAACCUAGCCAAAAGAGAGCGGUGUCAGGCUUCCUGGUCUUCAUCCAGUCGGAGCACCUCAGCCACGGUGAAGGUGUCUCAGGCAGUGAGCACCUGCAACGAGUGGGCCAAGGCUGAGCAGCUAACCACCUGCAGCAGCUACGCCUCUGAGGAGGAGGAGGAGGAGGAAGAGGAGGAGGAGGAGAAACUGGCCUCUGACGCCGUUUUCCAAGUGACUUACGCCGGCCCAUCGAAGGGCGAGGCGGAAGAGUUUAAGGAGAGCACAGCUGGGGCUGGCAAAGGCCAGCCUGAGGAAGAUGCUUUCGAGAGCCAGAAAUACUUCCUGUCGCCUGCCAAGGGCCAGGCACAGAGAGGUAAGAAGUGUGUGGCCUACAAGUUCCGGCUGGUGGUGAAGGCCGACGGCAGCCGGGAAGGCAACAACGGCUGCCGCAAGGUGAAAAUCACUCCGUGCGCUGCUGCCCUGUCCAAGGAGCCCUCCAUCAAAAGCAUGGACCCCAACAUCACCAACCAGCUCACCAAGAGGAAGAGGAUGGUCCUGGUGAAGGAGCGCAAAGCGGCACAGACUCUCAGCGCCAUCCUCCUGGCCUUCAUCCUCACCUGGACUCCCUACAACAUCAUGGUGUUGAUCUCCACCUUCUGCUCUGACUGCAUCCCCCCCACGCUCUGGCACCUCGGGUACUGGCUCUGCUACGUGAACAGCACUGUUAACCCCAUGUGCUAUGCCCUCUGUAACAAAAACUUCAGGAAGACUUUUAAGAUGCUGCUUUUCUGCCAGUGGAAGAAGAAGAAGGUGGAGGAGAAGCUCUACUGGCAGGGCAAUAGCAGACUGCCGUGACUGCUGUGCCAACAGGGGAUCAGGGGCAAAAGAGGUCUUGGCAUGACCUAGUACAGUGACUGUAAUUCUGUCUUUUCAAAGCUGUUGCUCUCUUUGUCUAGGGGUUAAAAAAGUAUCUCCAGAGAAGGAAAAACUUUGCAUGGAAGUGGUGGAGUGCUGGGGAUAAAAAGGUCAGCAGCUGCUGCCAACAACACAGGCUGGCUUGGAUUAUGCAGCAGAUCUGCAUUCAAAUUACUGUGUGUGGGGUCUCCUUUCUUCCAGCCUGAGAAUCUGUAGAGCCAAUCUUAAGCUAGUAGAAAUAAGAGUGGGAUGCUCUGUCAUCAGCCCAGGCCAUGAGUCCAGCUCCCUGUAGUGCAGAACUAGUUCUUCCUAGGGUUCCUUGCUGCUGUGUUGUCUGCUUAGUUUUCAAUGUACCAAGCAAUGGAACUCCUGCCACUGUUGUGAGACUUUCCCUCCUGCAGCACAGACGGAGUGAGUGCACAAGCAAGGAGCUGCCUUAGAGGACCACGGGAACACAGCUGGCUCCUGUGGUAGGAACAAAGAGGAAAGCUCCGAGAAGGCCAUGAGAAAACAAAGUCAGUGGUGGCAGGAGUCACAAGGAACAAAAUCCUAAAGUAAAGAAAUGUUGAUGAAUAAAUGGCAA